CUCAUCUGUCCUCUGGUUCUCCUUCUUCUUCAACUCUACAGAAGAGAGUGAAGAACAGGGGGAAAAAGAAGUAAUACUGAUAGCAGAAUAGAAACUGUGUAGGUUGAGAUUUGGUUGAGUUCAAAUGGAUUCGGAUCAAGGAAAGCUAUUCAUUGGUGGGAUAUCUUGGGAUACAUCAGAAGAUAAGUUGAAGGAGUAUUUUGGGAACUAUGGAGAGGUUUUGCAGACUGUGAUCAUGCGUGAUAAGAUGACAGGAAGACCCAGAGGGUUUGGCUUUGUUGUCUUUUCAGAUCCUUCGGUCCUUGAUAGGGUUCUUCAGGAAAAGCAUACUAUUGACGGGAGAACGGUGGAGGCUAAAAGGGCUUUGUCAAGAGAGGAACAACACACUUCCUCUAGGCCUGGGAAUCCUAAUGCAGGCAGAAACCUUGGAACUGGGGGCAAUAUUAGGACCAAGAAAAUAUUUGUGGGAGGGUUGCCCCCCACUCUUUCAGAAGAUGGAUUCCGCCAGUAUUUUGAGACAUAUGGUGAUGUGACAGAUGUAGUAGUUAUGUAUGACCAGACAACCCAACGACCUCGUGGUUUUGGUUUCAUCUCCUUUGAUACUGAGGAAGCAGUUGAUAGAGUCCUGCACAAGACUUUCCAUGAGUUGAAUGGUAAACUAGUUGAGGUCAAGCGUGCCCUCCCAAAAGAUGCAAAUCCUGGAGGUGGUGGCCGUACAAUGGGUGGUGGGAAUUAUCAGGGUUAUGGUUCUUCUGGGGGCAACACAAAUACAUAUGAUGGUCGGGAUGCCAGUAGAUACAUGCAACCCCAAACAGCUGGAGGUGGUUUCCCAGCGUAUGGUUCCUCUGGAUAUGGCGCACCUGGCUAUGGAUAUGGUGCAGCAAAUAAUGGUGUUGGGUAUGGUGGUUAUGGUGUCGGCGGCUAUGGUGGUGCCAAUGCUGGAUAUAGUGGCCCUGCUGGGGCCUAUGGAAAUCCAAAUGCACCAAAUGCUGGUUAUGUGAGUGGCCCACCUGGUGCCCCAAGAAGCCCAUGGAGUAAUCAAGCUCCUUAUGGAUAUGGUUCUGCAGGCUAUGGUGCUAAUGCAGGUUAUGGGACUGCAGCACCUUGGAAUGGUGCCGGUGGCGCUGCUGUUUCCGGAGGUUCUGUUUCUGCAGCAACAGCUCAGUCUCCUAGUGGAGCUGCGGGUUAUGGUAAUCAAGGUUAUGGUUAUGGUGGUUAUGGUGGAGGUGAUGGAUCUUAUGCCAACUCAGGUGGUUAUGGUGCUGUUGGAGGACGUGCUGGUAGUGCACCAAGCAGCAAUUCUCCUGCUGGUGCUGGUGGGGGAGAACAAGGGACUGGUGCUGGUUACAUGGGGAGUGGUUAUGGUGAAGGUAAUGGGAAUUCAGGGUAUCCAAAUGCUGUCUGGAGGUCUGAUGCUUCACAAGCGGGAGGUUAUGGGACUGCCCAGGCAAAUGGACCUCCAGGCGGGCAGGUUGGUUAUGGUGGUGGUUAUGGUGGUGCUCAGACCAGACAGGCACAGCAGCAGUAAUCCAGAUUACUUAAGAGCUUCUGUUCUCGCAUGGGACUGUGCUUGUUUCUCAUCUCAGACGUGGAGCAUCGGUACAUGCAGAUGGCAGCAGAUUUUGGGACUGGUUGGACUGCUCAAAUCCCAGUAGUUUGCAGUAGUGACUAUUCUAUUAGUAUAUAAUGAGUAUUAGUUCUGAUUAGUAGUUGAUACUGGUACUUAGUAUUUGCUUCAAGUUGUAGUGUUAUAUUUGGCGUGCUUAGUGUUGUGUCUCAUAGCUGAUUUGGGUUUUCUCCUCUCUCUAGUGCUAAAGCUAGAGUUUUCUUUUAGACUUUUACUUUGUUCGGCUGGAUGACACGUAGUUAAGUUUUUUUUUUAAUGA